AUGGACGACGAUGAUAGAGAUUCCAACGCGAGCUCCGAAAAUGACCAGAACGACCAGAACGACCAAAAUGACCAGGAUGAGGUCAUGGAAGACGUAGACGAUGCCGAUGGCGACAUGGAAAACGACGAAGAAGACAACGAUGAUGACCAGGAUGACAACGACCGUGAAGAAACAGGGGAUGAUGCGCAAGAGAAGGGCGAUGAGGCAGCGGCACGAGACGCAAGGGAACCCUCGAGGGAAGGAUCGGCCAGCGCGAGGGCAUCUCCAGAGGGCAAAGGUAAAUCGCCAAUACCCUUCUCGAGCCUUUUCCCGACCGUACGGCCAGAAGCUGUCAGAGCCCGUCUAUACGACAUCGUGCCCACAAUGGCCGCCCCGCAGGCAACGAGUAUCAACGCUAUUGCCAUUACCCCCGACCUUCGAUACUGGAUGACGGGAGGCUCGGACGGCUAUAUCAGGAAAUACGACGGCCCGGGAACAAUCAACGGCAAACAGCUCCUGACAGUUGCGCAAAGGCACCCCUUUGUCGAUAGUGUCGUCAAGGCGGGCAUUCUGAUGUCUUACUGGGAGAACGAAGAGCCGGGCCCGCCCAACCCCAGAGGAAAUGAAGAGCACGUGCUAUCGCCCGUAUACUCUUUGGCCGUUCACUCACAAGCCUUGUGGCUUCUGUCUGGCCUGGAGUCUGGCGGCAUCAACCUUCAAAGCGUAAGACACGACGAAGGAAAACGCAUUACAUGCCUGCAGCAACACACCAAUGCCGUUAGUGUCUUGACAUUAGCACAGGACGAGAAGAGUGUGUUGAGCGGCAGUUGGGACAAGAACAUCUACGACUGGGACCUGAACACGGGAGGUGUGAAGCGGUCAUUUGACGGUAGCGGAGGCCAGACUUCUGCCAUUGAGCUCCGCCCGGUCAAUGGAGCACCCAUCCCUGCCGAUGCGAUGGAGGAGGACAUCAAGUUCGACGAGGGUGCAAAGGAUGCUGAGGCGCCGCCUCCUGUCUCUGAUUUUCCGGAUAUUCCCCCAGUGCCCGAUGUGCAGCCAGACGACCCAGCACCCGGAUCGCCAUCUAUGGUGUUCGUGUCAGAGCCCGCCGUCCCAGCCAUGGACCCUACACAGUCAGCAGACACAAUCUUCUUCUCCGCAGCCAUUGAUGGCAAUAUUAGACUGUGGGACCGGCGUGUGCAAGACCCUGUUGCUAGGAUAAGCAACCAGCGGGGUGUGCCACCUUGGUGCAUGGGCGCUUGCUGGAGUCCAGAUGGUAACUGGAUCUACGCUGGUAGACGAAACGGAACAGUAGAAGAGUACAGCAUCCACAAAGCUAGAAGCGGCUGGGCCCCGGAGCGAACUCUCAAAUUCCCAGCCGGCAGUGGAGCUGUGAGCGCAGUGCGAGCGAUGCCGAAUGGCCGACACCUUGUCUGUGCCUCGCAUGACAUUCUCCGGCUGUACGACCUUAAAGACACACGGGCCUUUAAGCACUCGACUGUUCCCUUCCUGAUUAUUCCUGGCCCCCCACGCGCCGGUGUCAUUUCGUCGCUCUACAUUGACCGGACAUGUCGCUUCAUGCUCUCGGCUGCCGGGACACGUGGCUGGGAAGGCACGAGCACUGAAGUCCUUAUAGGGUAUGAAAUCGGCGUCACAGAAUAA